GGCCCCCACCCAACCUGGGAAGGCUGUUCGCCGGCUGCAAUUAGCGAGUUCCCUCCUGUGUGGAGCCGUACCGAGCGGCCUGAACCGAUUGGUGGCUGCAGGCCGCUGCGACCAAGAACCCAGAGUGUGUUUUUGUUGCAUGUGCCACCGACAUCAACAUCAGCUCGUAACGACGACAAACUCGAGCGCAAAGUCGCGAUAUCGCCCUAGGACCCCGACCGAAAACAAGGCCGCCCAAAUAACAACGCUAUGAAAACCUUAUAAAGCCUCUUCUCGAGCCCCCGAACCGACGCCCUCGCCCACCUUCAUCAACACCGGCGCAUCCUCUUCAAACCGCUGCAACCACAACCAAAUCCACACACUUCAAUAACCUCGCAACCAUGGCCGACGACAUAACACCCCUCGCCUCCCUCUCCAUAACCCACGUCUACUACAACCCCACCGACCCGCUCUCCACCCUCGCCGCCUUCCUCUCCCUCCUCCCGCAGGGCCUCUGCGUCGUCUACGCCACCCUCCUCUGGUCCACCCGCGAGGCCGAGGUCCUGCUCAUGUUCGCCGGCCAGCUCGCCUGCGAAGGGGUCAACCUGGUCCUGAAACGCCUCAUCAAGGAGGAGCGCCCGCCGCACCGCGCGCUCGGCGCCGGCUCGGGCCGCGGGUACGGCAUGCCCAGCUCGCAUGCGCAGUUUGCGUUUUUUUGGGCGGUCGCGGCGGGGUUGUUUCUUUGCGUAAGGCAUCGGCCGCGGCCGCUUGGUGGUGUGGGGCUUGUGACUGCUGCUGGGGGGGGUGACGGUGGUGGUAAUGUGCAGCGUGCGUAUAGGCUGGGCGGGCUGUCGGCGGCGGCGGCGUCCAUCGAGGCGUACUCGCACUCGCACUGGACGCUGGCGCAGCGCGCCGUGGCGAGCGCCGGCGCGCUGCUCGUGGCUGGCAUGGUCGCGUGGAGCCGGGUGUACCUGGAGUACCACAGCGUGCGGCAGGUGCUGGCGGGGUGCGCGGCCGGGGCGGGGUGCGCGGUGGCCUGGUUUGCUGUGACGUACCUGAUGAGGGAGAUGGGGCUGGUCGCGUGGGCGCUGGAUAUGCCGCUGGCGAGGUGGCUACGGAUGAGGGACCUGGUUGUGGUGGAGGAUCUGUGCCAGGCUGGGUGGGAGAAGUGGGAGGAGAGGCGGAGGGUGGCGCUGGAGAAGGACCGGGAGAGGGAGAAGGCGAAGGCGGGGAAAGGACAGUGAGGUUACCG